AUGGAAAAGGCUACUGGAAAACUUGUUUGUAAUAUAUUUUGUCGUGCCUUUUCACAGUCGUGUGGCACAGGCCAUCAGAGGCGGGCCAGUGGUAGUGUAACGACGCCACAACACCAGUCGGCCGCCGCUGCGUCCCACACGGCGGCGGCCAAUUGUGCACACAGGCGGCCGUCGAUGCCGCAGACCAAGAGGACGUGCCAACAACCCACGUUCGUGCACCAGGACGAGCUGUGGCUGACGCAAACGCAACGACACGCGAACCGGUCACCGCCGCCCGUCACCAGAGGAUUGCUCAACAAUAAUGCGGAUUCGCCGACCGACGACGAGGACGACAGUUCAUCGUCGCUGACCACGGCCAGUUCCAUGCACCGUUCAGUGUCCGAAAAAAGCGGAUCUUGCGGUGGUGGCGCGUCAUCAUCGUCCACCCGGAACCGGGGCCCGGGGCUCAGACGGCCUUCGGCGCCGCACAUGCACAGCACGCCUAACGUGUACCAUGGCCGGAGGCGCGAGUCUGGAGGCUCGACGGGUGGAGGAUCGCCGACAAACGCGCCAGGUUUGCCACCGACACUUGGCGGCGCUGGCAUGUCCCGGGUGAACACGUUGUCGGAAGGCGAGCUGCUUGACGUGGCCAUUCUGCCAAUAUUCCAAAAGCUUUUGACCGAGAGGCGAGCGCACGACUCGUUGACGUCAACAUCGCAGCACCACCGCAACCAACACAACGCUCACACACAGCAGCAUCCACAGCACCACCACAACAGGGCGUCGAUCGCGUCGUGUCCCAACAUUGCGGUCAAGUGCGACAUCGUCGAGUACCUCUAAUUGGCACGCGUUUUGUCUUUGCCAGUGCCAUAGCUGCCAAACGGAUUUGAAGAGUACGAUGACGUAGAAGACAAAUCACACAUUACGGGACCAAGAAACGACGACGUUCCAACGCCACGCACGCUCGAGGCCGUUUAAAUCGUAUUAUAAUUAUUAAUUAAUAUUGUUGUUUUUUUUUCUAUUCUAUUUUUGUUUUGUGUUUUAUGUAAAUUACAUUUUUAGAGAGAAAAAACAUAAAGUAAACGAGUUCUAUCGAUGUAGAUACGAGAAAAAAUGUUAUGUAGUUCCUUAGUUUCGUUAUUUACAUUAUGAUAUUGUUUUUGUCAAUUAAAUAAAUUAAAUUGUUUUCUCGUGUUAUUUAGCCAUAAUGUAUAUUAUUAUUAUUAUAUGUAUAUUGUUUUAUAUAAAAGUGUAUGCGUGCAGAUUGAAUGGAUAAAAUAAUAUUCGUAUCAGAAUGAAAAAGCAAUUUUAGGACAAUCUUAUAAUACUACUACUACUAUUACUACCUA